AAAAACUAUUCACAUCGCAUACUGCGGCAGAGACAGAAACGAGGAAGAUUCUCCGGUAGUCAGCGAACCAUUUUUCUGUCGUCAAACGGAUCAAGCUUUUUGUGAGACUUGGAUCGGUCACAAAAAGCGGGAUUCGCUUUUCGCAUAGGAAUUGGCCUGUUAAGGAGCCAGCUUAGUCACAUAGAACAUUUGAAAAUUGAUACAAAAAUGGAGGAAAUGCAUCAACCACAACAGGUUGGGCCUAAUAUGAUGGCCAGUGUAAGUGGGGUUCCUAACCAUUCGAAUAAUGUUAACCGGCGCAACAGAUUUCGAUCGUCAUUACACAGUUUGAUGGUGGAAAAACUUCCGAUAAGUGAGGCUGCUCAAUUGGAGAUGAAAUCAUUGUCCAACAAAACACCAGUUUCUAUUCUUCAGGAAUUACUUUCUCGUAGGGGUACAACACCAAAGUAUGAGUUAAUACAAGUAGAAGGUGCUAUCCAUGAGCCUAUUUUUCGUUAUCGAGUUACUGUUGCAGAUAUUGUUGAUCCAAUUGUUACAGCAGUGGGAACUGGAAAGUCAAAGAAAGAGGCAAAACAUGCUGCUGCACGUGCAGUAUUGGAUAAGCUGUGCAGAUUGAAUGGUGAUAGUUCAGAUUCUCCGCUUCCAAAUAAUAUAUCAGAAUCUGAAAAUUUACAAGAGUUAACAGGAUAUGGAGAAGAAAAAAUAAUCACAAAUCCAAUUGGCGCAUUGCAAGAAAUAUGUAUGUCGCGUCAUUGGCCUCCACCAAAAUAUACAAUGGAAAAUGAGGAGGGUCUACCACACGAAAGACAAUUCACUAUUGUUUGCUCUAUUUUAAAGUAUCGUGAGGUUGGUCAAGGGAAAAGUAAGAAAGUUGCCAAGAGGCAUGCGGCUCAGAAAAUGUGGCAAGCUCUAGAUGAUAUGAAUACUGAAAAUGCUAAUGUAGACGAGGAUGAGGUUUUACAAAGAAAUGCAAAUGUGAGUGCCCGUUAUGCUGAUCUGAAAGGUAGCAAAAUUUCAACGCUAACAACUAUUCAUAGUCUUAAAGUUUCACAAUUUCAUAAAAGUCUGAAGUCAUCAACUGGUAUUAAGCUAUUUGAACUACAGAAUACGUGCUUGAACGUUGGCGAUAUAAAUUUGGUGCAAUUUUUGCAAGAAAUUGCUUCGGAGCAGCAAUUCGAAGUGACUUACGUUGAUAUCGAAGAAAAGUCUCUCAGUGGUAAAUGCCAGUGCCUUGUGCAACUGUCUACUCUGCCAGUGGCAGUUUGCUAUGGUUGCGGUGUUACUAGUAAGGAUGCUCAAGCUAGUGCUGCUCAAAACGCUCUGGAGUAUCUCAAAAUCAUGACUAAAAACGAAUAAUCAAGUGUCGGACAAGGGUAAAAGUGGUCAAAAACUUGAUCAUGCGGGGAACAAAAGCAGGCUAUCCAAGCUGUCGGUCAGAGCAGUAAGUACCGCUACAGGAAACAAAGAUGACACUUUGAAUACAAUGGCCAC